UAGGAGGACUCGGUUUGCCACGUCGGUUUGGUUUGUGUGUUGGAAAGAGAGCCGAACUGUAAUCAGUUACUCUGCUUAAACUUUAUAACUGCGCUGCGCUCCGGACGAUAAUAAUAAUUAUAAGAAACAGAAGUCUGUGUGACUCCGUUUCCACAUAAACAACACCCGGCUGUUUUUAAAAAGCAUCACCCGAGAAACAAAUGUUGGCUCUGGACUCCGAUUGACUGAUGCGUCCACUGCAUCCACUCAGAAUUGGCCUGGCUGCACUGGGGGAGGAGGCCGUGAAGACGUUGACGCUGGGAGCUGCUGGGAUUGUGCUGGUGGUCGGCAGUGUGCAAGCCGGACAUGCCCGGGGGCCGCAGGGGUCCGAGUAGACAGCAGCUGAGCCGCUCUGCCUUGCCCUCCCUGCAAACUCUGGUGGGGGGUGGCCUCAGCAACGGCACGGGCCACAGGAGCAGGAGCAGUAAUUCAUCGGGUCUGUCGGCUCCCCCACUCACGACCCUGAUUACGCCUGAGCCGGUGCGCCACUGCCGCAUCCCCGAGCUUCCUCUGGACAGCAGCUUGCUCUUCGAGUUCCUGCUCUUCCUCUACCUGCUGGUGGCACUCUUUGUGCAGUAUAUUAACAUCUACAGGACGGUGUGGUGGUAUCCUCACAUCCACCCUGCUGCCUCUACCUCGCUGAACUUUUACCUGAUAGACUACCACCUGGCUAUCUUCAUCACCGUGAUGCUGGCCAGAAGACUAGUAUGGACCAUCGUGUCCGAGGCCUCCCAGGCGAGCCCGUCUUCAUUCUUGCAGUACGCACUGCUCAUCGUGGCCCGACUCAGUCUCCUCACUCUGUGUGGUUGGAUUCUCUGUUGGACCCUCGUCAACCUCUUCAAGACCCACUCAGUGCUUAACCUGCUCUUCCUGGGCUACCCAUUCGGUGUGUAUGUGCCGCUGUGCUGCUUUCACCAAGAGGGUCGAACUCAGCAAGCGCCGACAGACUGCUCGUUUUCAGAGCAGGACGGGACGGACAGCUCUCUGCAGCGACCCAAGGACUUCUUGGCGCUUGUGCGUGAGAACCUGCGGGAGCAGUUCUUCAGCCCCACCCAUGUUCCCGCCCACACGUGCCCGCCCUCUCCGGAGCUCAUACGUAGUGAGGUGGAGGAGCUCAAGAGUGACUUUAACCGUCGCAUCAAAGAGGUGCUCUUCAAUUCGCUGUUCAGCGCCUACUACGUGGCCUUCUUACCGCUCUGUUUCGUCCAGAAAACACAGUACUAUGACAUGCGCUGGUCAUGUGAACACUUGAUCAUGGUGUGGAUCAACGCAUUCGUAAUGCUGAUGAGUCAGUUGCUCCCCCCCAGCUACUGCGACUUGCUGCACCGCUCAGCUGCACAUCUGGGCCGCUGGCAGCGACUCGAGCACGGCUCCUACAGCAACGCGCCACAACACACGUGGUCGGAGAACACGAUCUGGCCACAGGGGGUGCUAGUGCGACACAGUCGCUGUCUGUACAAGGCUGUGGGGCCAUAUAACGUGGCCUUACCGUCUGAUGUCUCACAUGCCAGAUUUUAUUUUCUGUUCCAUAAGCCAUUGCGGAUCCUGAACCUUCUGAUCGGGAUCGAGUCAAGUGUGGUGCUCUAUCAGCUGUACUCGCUGCUGCGCUCUGAGCGCUGGAAUCACACACUCUCGCUGGGCCUCAUUCUCUUCUGCAACUACUAUGUGCUGUUCAAGCUGCUGCGAGACCGCAUCGUACUGGGCAAAGCUUACUCGUACCCCCUGAACAGCAACAGCCUGGGCCUCAAGUCCCAGUGAUGUGUGCUGGAGGCUCUUUAGGGUAUUUUAUCAAAUGACUGUGAACUCCAGCUGGUAUUUCUUUUGAUACGGUUCUAUUUUCCUGCAACGUUUCUAUCUAUUUAAGAAAAUAUUUUAUUUUGUAUACUGUUACAUGAAUGAACGCAGGGCAUUACGUUUGCAUGACGUGAUGCCAUUUCUUCCCCUACAUAAAAGUUUUGGAAAAAAAAAAUACACUGGCUAAAGAAGCAGACGGGGAGAAGCGUCUAUGCUUUUUAGCCCGAGUCCCACAUGACGUCCAAAUUUUGCCAAAGAUGCUCUUAAAAGAAUAAAUAAAACAAAACCGCCAUUCAAGAGCUUCAGCUGCCCACUGUAGAUGGAGGUCUGAGAAGUGGAUGAAAUUCAGUCAUGUAUAAUGAAUGCUGUAUUAAUUCUCUUCAUUGCAUUACUGUAUUUUAUGAUUAACUGUUUAGCGUGAUAUUGAUGCAUUUUUUUUCCAGACUCCACUUUUUUUUUUUUUCCUAUCGCCACAGCAUUUUGAAGCUUAAUAGAUGCCACUUUGUUUCCUGUUUAUUUAUGUUCAUCUCCGUGCCAAAUCCCAGGAUGCUGUUGGAGCCUACCUUUUGCCAUUAUUUUCAACAUGGUUAAUGGCUAUGGCUGCAUAGAUACUGGGUGGGGGCCAUAAUCUGUCAAAUUUGCAGUAUUUGACACAAUGCAGCAUUAUUUCAGAAUGCCAUGGCAUCCAGAAUAAAACAAGAAAACUUCUCCCA